AUCAAAUUGCUGCAUUUGCGAAACACUUGAGAUAUUCCAGAGAUUCAUGCUCUUGUCCUCUCAUGGCUGUGUUUCAGGUACAGGCCAGCAGCUGCCAGCUUGGCGGGAGGAGCAUUUCCUGGCCUGAAUGCGAACCGACUGCAGCUGGAGCAUGUCCACUGCAGGCUUGACUGCCCAGGAGAUCUGUUUACCCGCGCAAAGCCUAUUCCUGCGGGGCAGCCAUUGGCAUAGCAUGGCCGGAGCUAAGCCCUCUUGGAAAUACCAUGAUCUACACAACUUCUACUUCACCAUUGAUUCUUCUAUGGAUUAUAACCUUCAGUCCCGGCAACAGGUGCUGCCAUCAUUCUCAGGAGCAGACAAACAGCAGACUCCUCUUCAAUCACCAAACAGCCCAGGAGGACAGACCUUGUCCCCCAAAAAGCCCAGACCUUCCCAGCUCACCUUGCACACAGACCCUGCCGAAGACGACCAAGUGGUUCCCUGCUUUCAACGUCUAACGGUAUCCGAACGCAUCAGUCCCCCCCAGACGCCCAGCCGAGUCACCAAACCCCUUCCCCCAAUUCCCGGCUCAGCGGAGCUUUCCCCGGAUCAGGCUAUGGACAGUGAGGUAGAGUUCUUUAAUGGAGAUGACAAUCGCUGCCUAGUUUCCGAACCUUGCUCCAAACUCUCUCAGUUCCGCUACGGAAUGCCCAGUCGGAGGAGUUGUGGACAGAUUAGGGGCUGUGGACGGAUUAACUAUGCAUACUUUGAAGGUCCAACAUCCCAGCAGAAGCCACAGCCGCAGCCGCAAAAGCCAAGGCAGGAGCAGGAAACUCAGCAGAGGGAACAGGAGCUCCGUGACCACCACCAACAGCAACAGCAGCAAAACUGUCUCCGACAGCAAGAACGUACGCAAAGGAAGCUGCGGCGCUCCCAUUCCGGCCCCGCUGGCUGCUUUAACAAACCCACCUCCUUCCGACUGUCCAGUCACCACCGGAACACACAAGGCCUGGAUAAACCGGAAGUUCCUCCCAGAGUUCCAAUUCCACCACGACCAAUCAAGACGGGAGACUACCGGCGCUGGUCAGCCGAAGUGUCAUCGGGAGCCAACAGCGAUGAUGACCGACCUCCAAAAGUACCUCCUAGGGAACCUUUAUCCGGCAGUAAUUCCCGCACCCCAAGCCCAAAGAGCCUUCCAAUGUACCUCAACAGGAUCAUGCCCCCAACACAGAGCUUUGCCCCGGACCCUAAAUAUGUCAGUCGCAGCCUGCAGCGGCAGAAUAGUGAAGGCUCCCCGUGCAUUCUGCCCAUCAUGGAGAACGGCAGGAAAGCAAGCACCACGCACUACUUCCUUUUGCCACAACGUCCGUUGUACCUGGACAAACAUGAGAAGUAUUUUACGGACAGCACAGCGAGUCGAGGCACGGACACCUCUGAUACGAGUUCAGACUGGGACUGUCAAAGCAAAAGGAAAACG